AGAUUUCAUCAAAAUUAGAUGCACCAAAAUGGUGCGAAAAUGCAUCACGUCGAAAUGCACCAUAAACCUUCGAAAAUGCACUAUCUCAAAAUCUGAGCGCAGGAUGCAAUCUGAGCCGCACGAUGCAUCAGAUCCGACGGCUAGAUUUUAUUCUCAUUUCUCUCCACAGGGCAACCCUGCACGUUCUACACUCUUCUCCAAGCUGUUCAAAUCCGUGGACACCGAUGAUAAGCCAUCAGAUAAAUCCAGCUUUAAAGGCUGUCCUUCUGUUUCCUUCUCUAAAGAAGAAGUUGAGGCCCUCUCCAACUGUUUCAGGUUUGCUCUGAUUGGCAGAUUCCGGCGUAGACCUCCCAUUGUAGUGGUGAAAAACUUCCUGAUCAGGUUAGGCUUGAUUGGAGGUUUUACGAUUGGUGAGCUCAACUCCAACUCAAUUCUCAUCAACUUUGAGCAAGAUGAAGAUUAUCAACGUUUCUUCCUACGCAAAUCUUGGACUCUUGGAAAGGAUAUCAUGGUAGUAACCAAAUGGUCUCCCAACCUUCGUCCUGAUGAAGAUUCUCCAAUUGUGCCGGUCUGGGUGACUAUCCCGAAUCUCCACAUUCACCUUCAUGACCAAAAAGCUUUAUUCUGCAUCACCUCCAAACUGGGUAAACCUCUCAAGGUUGACAGCGCCACACUCAACUUCUCUCGUCCUAAAGCUGCUAGAGUGUGCAUUGAGAUUGACGUGUCCAAGAACCUUCAUCAGAAGAUCCACGUCAAGCAUAUCGAUGAUGACCUCUUUUUCCAGAAUGUACGGGGAGUCUCCAAGAGGUGCGAGAGGCUUUCCCACUUGAAGAAGCACCGUUCUAUUGAUUUUUUUGUUCUCAUUGAACCUCUGGUUAUGGCUAAUAAAGGUAAAACCCUAGCUUUUAAGCUGGGUUUUAAUGGGUUCCUUAGUGCUGCUAAUAACAAAAUUUGGUUCCUUUGGGACACUAGUAGGUUUUCUUUGAUUGAUGUCAUUGACGCUGGGCAGAUUUCUCACUUCUCCCUAAGGGAUAUCCACAAGAGUUUUACUUUCACCAUUAGUGGUAUUUACGGGGGUCACACCACUAAGGACAGGAAACUUCUUUGGAGUAAUAUUGAAUCAUUCAAUGCCAAUGUCAAUCACCCUUGGUGCCUUGGGGGGGAUUUCAACACCAUUUCAGACUUUCUUCAUCACAAGGGUUCUAGGUUGCCUGAGCUGGAGGCUAUUACUGAUUUUAGUGACUGCAUCAGGAACAACAACCUCCUUGAAUGUAAUUACACUGGAUCAGCUUAUACUUGGCAUGGGGUCAGAAGCAAUGGUAAUGUAUGGCGGCGUCUUGAUAGAGUUUUCUACAAUACCUUCUGGGCUGAUCAUUGGAACAUAAUCUCGAUGCAGCAUCUUGCUAAGGGUGGAAGUGAUCACUGCCCCAUUUUAUUUCUCUCCAAACCUGAUGCUAAAAACACCACCAAAUCCUUCAGAUUCCAAAAUAUGUGGUUAUUAAGAGAAGAUUUUAGGCAGAUCUGCAAGGAUAGUUGGGAGGAAAUUCCUUUUCAUGGGGGAAUGCAUAGUCUCUUCAAAAGACUUCAUCAUCUCAAAGAGAAACUUUCUUCCUGGAAUAAAACUCAUUUUGGCAACAUUUUUGACAUGAUUAAGGAGGCAGAAACUGAUGCCACUAAAGCUGAGCAGCUGUUUGAGGCUGACCCUUCAACUGAUAACAAAAUCCUUUAUAAUCAGAAAUUGGCAGAACUUCAGGAAGCUCAUAGGAGAGAAUAUGCCUUUUGGAAGCAAAAAUGUAACCUUAAAUGGUUGAAAGAUGGAGAUGCCAACACAAAAUUCUUUCACAGCCUGGUGAAAGAAAGGAGGAGACAACAGCAGAUUACAAGUCUCUUCAAUGAUCAAGGACAAUUAAUUGAUAAGCCAGAUGACCUGGAAGCCCUUGCAGUUACCCAUUUCACUACUCUCUUAAAUUCCUCAGAACCUUGCAGCUCUAGUGAAGUUUAUUCACAGUUUCUUAGCACCAUCCCUCAUCUUAUAGAUCACACUCAGAAUGAAUGUCUUAUGUCUCUGCCCACUGAAGAGGAAAUCAAAGUUACUGUCUGGGGCAUGGAUCCUAAUUCCUUUCUUGGUCCAGAUGGUUUCAACAUCAACUUUUUCAAGCAAUGCUGGGAUAUUAUCAAAGACGAUUUAACUUCUGCUUGCCAAGAGGUCUUCCUUGGAAUUCCUCUUCCCAAGGCAGCAAGUUCAUCGAAUAUUUGCCUGCUUCCUAAAACUGAUAAUGCAAUGAGACUCAAUGAUUUUAGACCAGUUUGCCUAUCUACUAUGGCCUCAAAGAUUGCCUCUAAAUGCAUUGCUAAUAGGCUUGGAAAGCUCCUUCAUCUAAUUAUUUCUGAAGAACAAGGGGCUUAUGUUCCAGGAAGGGAGAUUAUGGAGCAAAUUCUUAUCACUAAGGAGUUGGUACAUCACAUCAAUAGGAAAGCUCAUGGUGGAAACCUUAUCGUCAAACUUGACAUGGCCAAAGCUUUUGAUAAGCUUAAAUGGUCAUACCUGAUGGACAUCCUCAAGGCUUUUGGCUUCUCUCCUCAGUUCAUCCGCAUGCUAAUGAGAGCUAAAUAUUGGAGGGAUGGUGAGAUGAAGGCCAACAUUAUUGAUUCCCCAGUCUGGAAGAGAAUCUUCAACAUUGAUGAAUCUGCCAUUGACACUUGUUCUGUCUCUGAUGAUGGCAUGAUGCACUGGAAGCUUGAUCCUAGUGGCUCUUUAACCUUCAAAUCAGCAUAUGAAUUCUGUAGAGCAGGUUCAAUCCCCAGGGCCUCUUUUAAAUACCUUUGGGAAUCCCCCCAAAACCCAAAAAUCAGCAUCUUCACUUGGAAACUGUUCCAGCACUGUAUUCCUAGUCCUGAGAAUCUGCAGAAACUUGGUUUCCUCAUGCCUUCAAUGUGUCCUUUCUGUCAAAGGGAAUCUUACACUGCCAAACAUUCCCUUAUAGACUUCCAUAUGAUCAAAGGGGUUUGGCAUCAUUUCUCAGCCUGUGUUGGAAUCUUACACCAGGACUCCACAAGUAUUAACCAACACUUCAUGAACUGGUGGCUUAGAGGAAACAAUAACAUUUAUGGUUUCCUAAGAAAGCACUUGCCUGGAAUCAUUUCAUGGCACAUUUGGAAAGCUCUUAACUCACUCUUCUAUGAGGACAUGAACAAUUUCAAUCCCUCAAAGCUUAUUGAUUCCAUUUCUAGGUAUACAAGGAACUGGCUCCAAAUGAAACUGCCUAAACAACUUAGAGUCUUUGAUGCUUGGCUUAUAGGCACAAACUUACUGCCUAAAUUCCAAUCCAAUCCUUCCAUUCGAUUGGUCAAGUGGCUAGCACCUCCUAAGGGCAGGCUCAAACUUAAUGUGGAUGCUUCUUUCACCCAUAAUGCUAAGCAGGGAGCAGCUAUUCUUAGAGAUGACCAGGGAAGAUUCGUUGGUGCCGCCUCUUUCCAAGUUACAGGUGAAUCACCCUACCAAGCUGAAGUGGAUGCAGCCAUCAAAGGAAUAACAUGGGCGCUCAAGUUUAAUAAACUCCUUGUGUUCGAGACGGAUGCUAAGGAAAUCACUUUGAUGAGAAUUGAGUUGGAGUUGAGCUCACCAAUCGUAAAACCUCCAAUCAAGCCUAACCUGAUCAGGAAGUUUUUCACCACUACAAUGGGAGGUCUACGCCGGAAUCUGCCAAUCAGAGCAAACCUGAAACAGUUGGAGAGGGCCUCAACUUCUUCUUUAGAGAAGGAAACAGAAGGACAGCCUUUGAAGCUGGAUUUAUCUGAUGGCUUAUCAUCGGUGUCCACGGAUUUGAACAGCUUGGAGAAGAGUUUAUAAUUUAAUGUUUUCGAAAAUAAUUUAAAAGGCUUUUUAUAACUUAUUGAGAUUUAACUAAUAUAUUUUGGAGAUAAUGAUUUAUAAAUUUUGGAAAUUUUAUUUCCAGGACUGUCUGGGGUGAGCGCGGCUCACCCGGUGUAUGUAUACUUCUAUUGCCUGUGUGGAUGUAUGAUAUGCAUGGUGGAUGAUUGUGGCUAUAGUUUAUUUGAUUAUAAUACGGCGUGCGUGUCGUGCCUUAUCUCUUAAACUCUUGUUGUAAAUCUAUUUCUCUCUCUUACCUCAACCGAGGAUUCUUUUCUCACGUGGUGGUUUGAAGACGAAAAGUUUUGAAGUCCGUUUGAAGAAAUCUAAAAGAAUGGA